ACGGGGAAAAAAUCGGCUUCGUGGACAUGACGAAGGUGCGAUAGCGCGCACUUUUUCGCGCUUUUCUCCCGAUCGACAGCGAAGGGAUAUGUCUGAAUGGGUGGUGUUUGCUCGUGUCGCGUUGGUCGCGGCAGCCAGGUUAACGCUGGCUCGAUUCUCGAUCGCGUGAUCAGCCAGGCAAGCAACGAGGAUCAGUGCCUGUUAUACCGGCUUGCCAAUUACAAGAAGGGCGGCGAGCUGAUCGAGGCGUACAAUCAGGGCGGCCAGCCAGAAGUAGAGAAAUUGAUGCGCGAGCAAUUCGGCAUCCUGAUGUAUGCGGAUGGUAAGGGCCAGGUGAUCAAUCGCGCCGAGUAUCUGCGCUGGAAGUUCCGCGACCUCGAACAGGUCGUGUUGCCGAUCGAAGCUUCAUUAUCGCGCUUCGAUCCACUCGCGCAGUGGAACGAUCACGAGGCCUGCUGGCAGAUGCAGUACAGAGGCUCGCUGGGCGAGGCCUUGCUGCAUGUUCUCAUCAUAUGCGAUACGCGAAUACACACCAGAAUAGCGCGUAUAUUGCUCAAGUGUUUCCCGCGACUCGCCAUCGACGUCGUCGAGGGCGAGGAGUAUCUCGGCGCGAGCGCCCUUCACCUGGCGAUCGCCUAUAACAACAACGAGCUCGUGCAGGACCUGGUCGAUGCAGGCGCAAUUAUCUCGCAGCGGGCUAUCGGUAGCUUCUUUCUACCACGUGAUCAGCAGAGGAUGAAUCCCGCUAGAAAUACCGAUUACGAGGGACUCGCGUAUUUGGGCGAGUACCCGCUCGCCUGGGCAGCCUGCUGCGCUAACGAGAGCGUCUAUAAUCUGCUGCUUGAUUCCGGCGCGGAUCCUGACGAGCAGGAUUCUUUCGGAAAUAUGAUUUUGCACAUGGUGGUAGUUGGCGAUAAAUUGGAUAUGUUCGGCUAUGCUCUGCGGCAUCCAAAGCUUCCCGCUCGCAACGGAAUCGUAAAUGCUGCGGGUCUAACCCCGUUGACACUCGCCUGCCAGCUUGGGCGUGCCGAGGUCUUCCGUGAGAUGCUGGAACUGUCCGCGCGGGAGUUCUGGCGUUACAGUAAUAUCACCUGCUCGGCGUAUCCUCUCAAUGCCCUCGACACGCUGCUACCAGACGGCAGAACAAACUGGAACUCCGCGCUAUUUAUCAUUCUGAACGGUACGAAGGAGGAGCACUUGGACAUGCUGGACGGUGGUAUUAUUCAGCGAUUACUUGAGGAAAAAUGGAAGACUUUCGCGCGAUUGCAGUUCCUGAAGCGAUUGAUUAUCUUGGUGUUUCACCUGGCCUCGCUGUCCUUAGCCGUAUACUUCAGGCCCGCGGACGUGGAUGCUGUGCUGCUACAGUGGCCUGAGGAGAUAACGGACGUCGUCCGCACCGCGGCGGAGUGCAUCACCGUGUUGGGCGUGCUCAAUUACAUCCUGGUACAGCUGGGUGGCGAGAUGAUCAACGUCGGACCGCUGUCGUUCCUGAAGCAACUGAGCCACGAACCGGCCAAGUUGAUAUUCGUGAUCAGCAAUCUACUCAUUCUCGCGUGCAUUCCAUGUCGUGUCGUCGGAAAUCGGCACGCGGAGGAUGCGAUACUGAUGUUCGCCGUACCUGGCUCGUGGUUUCUUCUCAUGUUCUUCGCUGGAGCAAUUCGAUUGACCGGCCCAUUCGUCACAAUGGUGUACAGCAUGAUAACCGGUGAUAUGCUGACUUUCGGUAUAAUCUACACAAUCGUGCUCUUCGGAUUCUCGCAAUCGUUUUAUUUUCUCUACAAGGGAUUCCCAGGCGUGAAAUCAUCUCUCUAUCAUUCUUAUCCUUCGACCUGGAUGGCGUUAUUUCAGAUAACCCUUGGCGAUUAUAACUACGCGGACUUGAAUAACACGAUCUAUCCUAAUUUGAGCAAGACCGUCUUCGCGAUUUUUAUGGUGCUUGUGCCUAUUCUGCUGCUCAACAUGUUGAUUGCCAUGAUGGGCAAUACAUAUGCACACGUUAUCGAGCAAAGCGAAAAGGAAUUCGUCAAGCAGUGGGCAAAAAUCGUGGUGUCCCUGGAACGUGCCGUGUCGCAGAAAGACGCUCAUAAUUAUCUGCAAGAAUACAGUAUCAAGCUAGGACCCGGCGACGAUCCUAACAAUCCCGCGUCGGAGCAAAGAGGCGUGCUCGUUAUUAAAAGCAAAUCAAAGACCAAAGCGAAGCAGCGUAAGGGCGCUGUAGCUAAUUGGAAGCGAGUCGGAAAAGUCACGAUAAACGAGCUGAGAAAACGAGGUAUGACUGGCGAGCAGCUUCGACAUAUAAUGUGGGGCCGCGAAUCCUUCUCUACUCCUGUGCGAGUCAGUCCCAAUGCUGACCAACCGCAAGUGUCGGCAGUUACUGCAGGUUUUGGUGGUGCGUUAACCGCAGCUUUGGACGUAAUGGCCUUUGCACAUGACUUUGACUUAUCCACGGCGACAGAAGGCAUACCCACCAAUAUCGACGCGAAACAGAUAAAAACGACACAACAGAAAGCUAUUCUCAACGACCAUCAGGUGAAAACGACCCAGAAUAAUCCGGAAACAGCGACGAGUGUCCAACCACAUAAACAGCCCAUUGGGGAGCCAACUAAAUUAUCAGGUCUUACGGAUUUAAUCGAUAAUACUACUAAUCCCGUGAGGAAUGUGGAAGCGAUGAAUUUAAAAAAUACGAAUCAAACAAAAGCGCUUGAAGCAGCUAUUGAAGAUCCAUUUUUGGAACUAGUCAUUGCUUCCGAGACUGCGAUAGACCACGAAAUCUUACUGCAAAUAGCGAAGUCUGCCCUAGCCACCAGCGAAGCUUCGAUGAAAACUACAAUUGAUUCACAAAUUUUGGCACAUUUUGCCAUGAUUGCUCCGCCAGUCACUGAGAAAUCCAUCGUUAAGAAGCAAUAUUUUAUAGAGUCCAGUGACAACGAUUUCGGUGGAGAUAAUUUGCUAGGCGCUGAAGCUCGCCUUCGAAGAAUAAAAUCUGCGAAUAACAGGUUUAUUUCUACGUCAAAACGGUCACAUCGUAAUGACGAUGGCGAUAGUUCUUCGUCCACUAUAUCAAUCGAACGAAAUCAGCGAUAUCGACCACUAUUCAAUGAUCCGGAAGAGAAACCGACAAAUCAUAUCGAGAUUGAAGGUCGAAAGACUUCCAUCGAAACAAUUAAGUCGGAAGUCAAGCAGAAUGGUAGCAUUCCAGUCAAGGUAUCGGAUAAAAUUCAGAAACGUCGGCCGAAAACGGCGAAAAACAGGGUAUCGCCUAAGGAAAUAGAAGAGUCGAUGAGGAGGAAGGAAUCGAUUGAGCUGAAUAAGGCGGCCUCACCGCCGACGUCGUCCUCGGAUCCGCUCGAGCCAUGGAGCACGCGUGGCAUUACCGACAUGAACACAAUAUUGGCCUGGCGGGAUAACGCACCGGAUAGUCCUUAAUAUGAUUUUAUGACAUUUUGCGCUGCACCGAUUAUGACGCCGACGCCACUGGCGUCGGAUCAUGCACGUGGAUAAUUGUGCAUAAGAAAGCCUCACGCUCGAACUUAUUUCGAAAAUUGCGUAAGUUCAGUUUUAAAAGUUUUAAAUUUUAAUACGUGUGGCGGAUUCUGAUUUAAUCCACAAGUUACACUCUGAUUUAAAUAAACAAUCAUUAUUUAAAGAUAUGCUAAUAAUACUUUAUAUUUAUAAAUAAGUGCAAAAGUGCAAUAGAGUUAAAAUAUAAAAUUAAUCGACAACAGCUUUUCACGUACAUAAGAGAUUGGCUCGCUGUUUUUCCGAAGGAAAUUUUGAAACACAGUUUAAUGUUGCAUAAAUUAGUUUUUUCGCCGGUAUCGCAUGAUAUGCUUAAUGUAAAUAAAAAAGAGCUUGGAUUUAUACAAGCGAGAUAUAAACAAUUUGUAAAGAUAUACGGUCGAUUUGCAUAUAUGGCAGUAUUAUGUGUAUAAGUACUGCUAAUAUAAGUUUUACUUAAUCUCUUACUCGCGCACCGCCUAUCUUAUUGUGGACGAUAUGCCAUUAAGUAACAGGCUUCCGUAUGAUAAUUAUUGAAGCAGAUAUACACACACAUACAUACACACACACCACACACACACACACACACACACACACACACACACACACACA